GAAGCUUGUGCAAAUUCUGCUCCGCAAUCACCAAUUCCUCAGGUUCCCUCAGCCGUCCCGCCACAUGCACGCUCGGACUCCGAGCCGAAGCCACUGUUGACGCCGAGCGCUAAUGGAAAAGCGCCGAUGAAAGCUGGUGGCACAGGGUCGAGUGCGUUUGCACAAAGUCCCUCUGGCGCGCAGGCCGCGCAACCAUCAGCCGGUCCGUCCAAGGCGCAGACAGAGCGCAGAGUGAGCUUCGCCCCGCACAUGGUUGCCGACGCCUCUGCUUCAGCAGCGACGUCCAGCGGCACACUUGCAGAGGACGCGCAGAACGACACGUUAGAAGACGGAGAGGACUCGAUCUGCUUCAAUUCUGAUGACGACGCAUUUCUAGCGACAAUAGACCUUGGCGAGGAGGGGAUAGGCGGACCGAUAGAAUAUGAUCAGGGAGCACGUGGGGUGAACCCUGAUGGCGGGACGAAGAGCAGCAAGGAAAUGCCUCCGCCGCAGCUCCCAUAUCAGCAGCUGCGCGGACAACAGCCGAGGCAGGGAGACGAACAACAGACACCGCGGCCGGCGUGGCGGCAGCAGCAGCAACAGCCAAAGCCUCAGCAGCGCCAACUUCAAGUGCCACCUCAGCAGGUGCCUCAGCAGCAAUCGAAUGUGCAACAGCGGCAGCAACAAACAGGACAGCAAAUCCCACAACCAUCUUCUGUGCAGCAUUCACGGACAUUACAAGCCUCUUCUGCACAACAGUCACGACCACUGCAAGCUCCAUCCCACGCGAACGAUUCAUCAUCUUCCAACCAACGACAGAAACCCUCAGGCUCAAGUUCAAAUUCAAACCCUCUUGCAGAAGCACGGAACUCGUCCGGAUUGACGUCGCAGAACAAAGGUCACAUCGGACGAUCGCCCACACCUUCCAUGGGCGGCGGCUUUAACUUUCCUGCUGGAGUUGUAUGCAAUCAAAAGCGUGUGCUCGCCGUAUCAUUCCUUCUCAUUCUUCCUUUCAUAGGCUCCUGCAGUCUCACGCACACCCGAUCUUGCCCCUUCGGCUCAUAUUAGCCAGGCGUCUACUUCCGGUCCCAGCGGGAUCGGACUGA